UCGAAGAAGAAAUUAUUAUGGACAACAGAGGUACAAGACAAUGAAAAGCUAUACAAACCAGAUACGAGAAGAAAUGAAAGGAGGAAUACGCGCCCAGACCCAAGGAACAUACCAAGAACGAGAGAAUGCUACUGCUAUGGUAGAGAAGGACAUUAUUCCCGGGAAUACCCCGAAAAUAUAUCACCAGUAUCAGUAACAUCUACGGCCGUAAAUCCUAUACCAAAUGUUCAUUAUUGUGAAUGGCAAUUGGAAGAGGAGAACAGUAUAGAUGCUUACGUUGCAGGAGGCACUAUGCUUGCAAAAAGAGAGAGACCCAAGUGCAAACCUGAAAGUAGUUCAGGUGAAUCGAGUCAUGUAUCCAAAAUCAGAAGGGCUGUUGAUCCGGUUGAACCGAUGGAAAUGAGUACCCAAUCCAUGGAAAAGGAGGUGCCAGCAAAGAAAAUAAGAAGAAAGAGAGAACCAUCAGUAAUUGAUUCGCUGGACCCAUAUGAUAUAGCAGACAACAUCUUAGCUUUACCUGCCACCGCGACAAUAGAACAGAUGUUACAAUACCCGAACUAG